AGAGAGAGAGAGAGAGAGAGAGAGAGGGGGGAGAGAGGGAGAGAGAGUGGCGUUUGCUGAAAACAUAGGCGUGGUUUUGGAUGAAGAUGCUCCGUCUGCUCCCGCUGGGAUCCCCACCUGCCCUCACUCCGCGCCUGUCACCGCGCCAGCUGAGGAUCUAGCUCUCUAGCGGAGCGCUGUGGUUGCAGAGCCGCGCUCGGCGCUCGGCCUCCGGGGGGGGAGGAGGACCACGGCGGACACCCCGGUUCACGCGCAUCGGGGCAGCUCAGAGCCGCAAGUCGUGCCCGCAGCGGUCGGUCCGCAGGGAUGGAGAUCACGCCCAGGAGAUCGCCCUGGCUCGGAUUAAUCGUGGUGGCGUCUUUUUUACUUGCCGUGGAGAGCAAGAGACCCCGGCAGCCGCGCUGCCCCGCGUCCUGCACAUGCACCAAAGAUAACGCCUUGUGCGAGAGCGCGGGUCUGAUCCCCCGCAGCUUCCCCUCCGAUGUCAUCUCGCUAUCAUUCGUCAAGUCGGAAUUCACUGAAAUCCCGAAGGAGAGCUUCAUCCACACGCCCGCCCUGCACCUCCUCCUCUUCACAGCCAAUAAUCUAGAAUCUAUAAACGAGGACGCCUUCCUGGGUCUUCCCCAUCUAGAGUAUCUAUUUAUUGAAAACAACCAGAUCAAGUCGAUAUCACCGUAUGCUUUCCGUGGAUUGAAAACUCUGGCACAUCUGAGUCUGGCCUACAACAAUCUGGAAACUCUGCCCAAAGAUUUAUUCAAGGGCCUUGAGGCCUUGACCAAAAUAGACUUGCGGGGGAACCAGUUUACCUGCGACUGUAAGCUGAAGUGGCUGGUGGACUGGAUAUACAACACCAACGCCACCGUGGAUCAGAUCUACUGUAAAGGCCCCGCCUCGCUGCUCGACAAGAAAAUCAACGGCCUGGCGCCGCAGUCCUUCGACUGCAUCACCACGGAGUUUGCCUCCUAUCAGUCCCUGAAGUUUGAGUCCAUAUCCGUGGAAGCCUUCUCUUUCGGGAAUGACCAGUAUGUGGUGUUUGCUCAGCCUUUCAUUGGGAAAUGCAGCUUUCUGGAGUGGGAUCAUGUGGAGAUGGUCUUCAGAAACUUUGAUGAUAUUGACAGCACCUCCACAGUCAUCUGUAAGCCUCUGGUCAUCGACGACCAGCUCUUCGUCAUCGUGGCUCAGCUGUUCGGCGGCUCUCACAUCUACAAGCGAGACACCUCGGCCAACAAGUUCAUCAAGCUCCAAGGCAUCGACAUCCUGAGGAUCCGCAAGCCCAACGACGUGGAGACGUUCCGCAUCGACGGGGAGUCCUUCUUCGUCAUAGCGGACAGCUCCAAGGCCGGCUUGACCACCAUCUACAAGUGGAACGGCAACGGCUUCUACUCCCACCAGUCCCUCCACCCGUGGUACCGGGACACGGAUGUGGAGUACAUGGAGAUCUCCUCCAAGCCGCACCUCAUCCUGUCCAGCAGCUCCCAGAGGCCCGUCAUCUACCAGUGGAACAAAGGCACCAAGCUGUUCGACCGGCGCACCGACAUCCCGGAGAUGGAGGAUGUUUACGCCGUCAAGCACUUUCAGGUCAAGUCCGAGCUAUUCAUCUGCCUGACACGCUUCAUCGGCGACUCCAAAGUGAUGCGCUGGGACGGGGCCCUCUUCAGGGAGAUGCAGACCAUGCCCUCCCGCGGCUCCAUGGUGUUCCAGCCCUUCGUCGUGGGCAGCUGGCAGUACGCCAUCCUGGGCAGCGACUACUCUUUCACCCAGGUGUACCGCUGGGAUGCCAAGAAGGGCGAGUUUGUCCGUUUCCAGGAGCUGAACAUCCAGGCGCCGCGGGCCUUUUCUCCCGUCUCUAUAGACAACCGCCAGUUCCUGCUGGCCUCCAGUUUCAAAGGGAAAACUCAGAUCUAUGAACAUCUGGUCAUUGAUCUGAGCAACUGAGUGAAUUUUAUUUUUAUCUGUUGUUGCCUGAUUGAUCAGUUGUUUGGUUAUUUUUAUGUCUGGAGAAGGUUAAGGCACUAAGAAACUCUGAGAGUGUUGAUCCUAACUUGAGAGAGGCAGACAUUCCUCCCACUGAUUAAAACAAAGAAAACAAUCUUUUUAAACAACUGCACGUAAAUUUUAAAGAUAAAGGCAUAGAUCUCAGCCAAAUAUAUUAGUCUGAGAUGCAUGCUUAGUUACUUGUGUGCGUCUCAAGUUAGGAUUACAGCCAGUUUGUUAUCAAGCCAUUAAUGCAUGACAAGGGCCCGACGCCGGCCGUCUCAUUCUGAGUAAUGCAGCGUCCAUCUUCACAGAUCCAUCCAGUCAGACCAACCGGUACGGUUCUUUUUGUGUCUCUGUGUUCAGCCUUACAUGUGACUCAGCAAUGUUUAUACAUUUGUAAUCUCAUAUAUUUAUCUACAGAAAAGUAAUAUUCAAAUGGUACUUUUUAAUCCGUGGACAUGUUUAACUGAACAAAUCUGCCAAAAUGAAAUGUUUACAUUUUUCUGUCUUUCCAUUUGUAAGCUUGAAGAUUUGUAAAUGAAGCUUUUGUAGGUUUACGAGGGACCACAGCUGUUGGAUACAUUUGUUGCAGAGAAGGAUUUAAAAUUACGCUCAUUAAUUUGGCAGAUUUUGUGUGAGAGUCUAAACUGUAUAUCCCUGCAACUUACAUUUUUAUCGUUAAUAGUUUGUAUGAUGUUUAAAGUAUUGAAAAUACAGUUUUUCACAACUGGGAACCCGUGGAGCUAUUUUCAACACUCACGUUUAAAAAAAAAAAAACAGGUCAUUGUUCAUACUGCUUUAUCUUUGGCUAACAUGUACUGAAAAUACAUCGACUGUGUCAUAAUUAGGACUAACAUGCUACAUGGAGUCAAUAAAGGUUUACAUUUCACCUGA